AUGAAUUCAAGUAGGAAUUCACAGCUUUCCUGGGGCUCGCCACCGCGGAGUGCCUCACCAUUAUCGAUUCCCCCGGCCCCAAGUCCUUUGCGACAAUCCAUUCGUCCCUCCCAAGUUUCAAAGCCUGACACAGAAAAGGAAGAACUGCGUGUCCAAGUCAACACUCUGAGAUAUGAACUGGAGAAUAUCAAGCAGGAGCGGGACCUGAUGGCCCUGCGCCAUGAGAAGGAGCUGCGGGAUGUUCAAUUAAAGGCAGACGCGGAUUUCAGGAAAGCCCAGGCUGCAGAAUCUGCCAGUCACCGCGCCAAUCACAAGAUCGAGUCCCUCGCCAAAGAAUUAAAAGAGGCUCAAGAAACCGCGCUGAACGAGAAAGGCGGCCUUGAGCGGAAGAUCAGAAGCCUUCAAGAUCAGAACCAGAGCUUACAGGAUGAUGUUGAUGAUACGAAAGCCCAAUUGCUGGACCAGGAGAGACAGUCCAAAUACCAGAUUAACGAACUAGAGACUAUUCGCUCAUCCCUCCAGAGAACGCUCGAAGAAUUUCAAAACGAUCUCCAAGGUGCCAGGAAUGACGUACAGAGCACUCAAGAGAAACUGUGUGAACGGGAAGCGGAUGUCGCCAACCUGGAAACCGAGAAUAUACGACUCAAAGCCGAAGGAAGCGAUGCAGAGACGGUGGCUGUUCUCAAAAGAGAACUUUCAGAGCAGGUCAGCCAUAUCAGGAACCUAGAGACUACAAAUCGGGACCAAAGUGCGGAGUUGCGGCAUCUUCGAAAAGUGCAGAAAAAUGUCGAAGUGGUGGAAGAGCAGAAGAAAUCACUCGAGAAUCAACUACAAUUGAUGAAGGAGGUGGAAUCUGAGUUGGGAACAGUUCAGAUCCAGAAGCAGAUGCUCGAAGACGAGCGCAGGUCAUGGACCAGUCUUCUACAGGACAACGAUGAACAGGCCGAGAUCGACUCACCAGAAGCAGUUGUGAAGGCUCUACUGCAGGAGCGGAUAGAGAAAGCAACCCUCGUUGAUAAACUUGGCAACAUCGAAGCGCAGUUUCUGGAGAAAGACGAGCUGAUAGGAAGCUUGGAAACUGAGAGGAGCCACCUGCGACAGGAAAUUGAAAAGCUUCGGAGUAGCACUGUUGCAAACGGAGGAGCCAUGGCCGAGAGCAGGAUUCGGGCAAGACUAGAUCGUCAGCGAGCGCUUGCAGUGAAGGAAGUUGAGUAUCUCCGCGCACAAUUGAAGACUUUUGACACGGAAGAAGUGACCAUGAACGCGGAACAAAGUCAAUUUGACGAGCAUAAGUCAGAGCAGAUCGCCAAUUUGGAGAAGAUCGUUGAUGAAUACCGAGUGGAACUGAAGAAAGCUCACGAAGAACUCUCGAAACGGGAGCCUACCGAACAGCAGGACGCAGAACCUCGGGGUGUUAAGCGGCCUCUAUCCCCCGCCGAGAGUGAUGCAGAGAACGAGCGACUUUCUAUCCUAUCCCGGAAAAACAGGACAUUGCAAGAGUCACUCUCCAAGUCUGAACAGGCGUCAGCUCUCCUACGCCGAGAGCUUGAAGCUACCAAAUCCCAGCUCAAGUCUCUUAAGGCCAAGUCGCGCACACGCAUUCUCGAGCUCCGUGAUAAUCCCACAGCGCAAGCCGAGAAUCUCAAACUCUCCACCAUCACAACCCUCAAAGCUGAGAACCGUGACUUACUUGCCCAACUACAGGGCGACCACAACAGUGUCAAAGUUGUCCCCGUUAACACCCUGGAGAGCCUGAAGUUGGAAAUCCAAGAAAUGGAGCGAGUCGUCGCAGAUAAGGAGAAGCGCAUGCGACGACUAAAGGAAAUUUGGACCGCCAAGUCAUCCGAGUUUCGCGAGGCCGUUGCCUCCCUGCUCGGAUACAAACUAGACUUCCUCCCCAACGGGCGUGUACGAGUAACAUCUAUGUUCCACCUCUCCUCCGCCUACAGACACGGAGACGGAGACGUUCAUUCUGACGCCCGCGGACCUGGAAGCAUGGGCAAUGGCGAAGAAAACUCAAUCAUUUUCGACGGAGAGAACGGCACGAUGAAGAUUUCCGGUGGGCCAAACAGUCUAUUCGCUAUGGAAAUUCGACCCCUCAUCAAAUUCUGGGUCGAGGAACGAAAAGAUAUACCCUGUUUCCUGGCUGCAAUGACGUUGGAUUUCUAUGAUAAGACUACCCGAGCUGCACGGGUGUAG